UUUCUGGAUCAGCUCCCAAAGCUAUCCAACCUUCACGUAUCGGGUGAUCGAGAACGCUUUAAAUAAACCUGUAGAAACAUGGAAUAUCCUUGGUGAUUUCUGUCAAAGCCCCGACUGAUAGUUGAGAUUCAGCGACACAAUUUGUCUCCGACUUGAAAAUGUGCAGGAAAAAGUUCUGAGUGUACUUCGGACAGAAAAUUUGUAAUUGUAGCAAGAAUUGAUUCAAGAUGGGAACUUUAAUGAGGCGGUAUGAAGGGCUGGAGGUCAAGGUGUGUGACCCCAGGUCAGAGUUGAACCAUGAGGCUCUAUUGGAUGGGAUUUCAGCCCUUGUCAGUGAUGUCAACAUCCCAGCUGUGAAAAGGAACAAAAACGUGGAAACAUUUCUGAAGAGAUAUGAUGGACCAGUUGACGAUGUCAAGCUUCACAGACUGUCAUCACAUGACUUCCAAGUAAUUAAAGUCAUCGGGAGGGGAGCUUUCGGAGAAGUACAAGUGGUUCGAGAGAAAGAUUCCCGUAAGGUGUUUGCCUUGAAGCUUCUCAGUAAAAUGGAAAUGAUAAGACGAUCGGAUUCUGCAUUCUUCUGGGAAGAGAGAGACAUCAUGGCGUAUGCAGACAGCGAGUGGAUUGUUCAGCUUCACUACGCAUUUCAAGAUGAGAAGUUUCUGUACAUGGUGAUGGAUUUCAUGCCAGGUGGAGAUCUCGUUAAUCUAAUGAGUAAUUAUGAAAUACCGGAGAAGUGGGCGAUGUUCUACACUGCGGAGGUUGUUCUAGCGCUGGACGCCAUUCAUUCCAUGGGCUUUAUUCACAGGGAUGUGAAACCAGACAACAUGUUGCUUGACGCUAGCGGGCAUCUCAAACUCGCUGACUUUGGAACUUGUAUGAAGAUGGACAGGGAUGGCAUGGUGAGGUCUGAUACAGCGGUAGGGACGCCUGACUACAUAUCCCCCGAGGUGCUCAAGUCUCAAGCUGGUGAUGGGUACUAUGGAAGGGAAUGCGACUGGUGGUCGGUUGGUGUCUUUCUCUUUGAGAUGCUUGUUGGCGAUACUCCGUUCUAUGCGGAUUCACUCGUUGGAACAUACGGCAAGAUUAUGGAUCACAAGAACUCAUUGGUCUUUCCUGACGAUGUCUCUCCAAACUCUAAAGAUCUCAUCUCAGGCUUCCUCACAGACAGAGAGAAUCGACUUGGAAGAAAGGGAAUAUCUGAUAUCAAGAAACAUCCAUUCUUCAAUGCUAAGAAUGAUAUGUGGACAUUCAACAACAUCAGACAGACUGUUCCACCGGUAGUGCCUGAGUUAUCCAGUGAUGUGGACACCAGUAACUUUGAUGAAAUAGAACCGGAGGAACGACAAAAUGAAGACUUUGUGUCACCCAAGGCCUUCGCUGGCAACAACUUACCUUUCAUUGGCUUCACCUACAACAGGAUUAACAAACUUUUCAGUACACGAAAUGGAAGCAGCGAUAAGCAUGAUGGGCCAGGACCAUCGUCAUCGAAAGAGGUUGGUCGCCUUCAGGCCAAGAUUCAGGAAAUGGAGAAGUUUCUCGAUCAGGAAAAACAGGCCAGGGAGUCCAUUGACUAUAAGUAUAGACACAGCUGCUCCAAAGUUGAUAAACUAAACAGACAGCUAUUUAGAGAGGAGGAUGACAGGAGACGCCUUGAAGAGAAACAGAUGCAUCAGGAGAGACUGAUUGCUGAGCAGAAACAUGAACAGAAAGAGACCUUGAGAAAACUGGAGUACGAAAGUGAACGCAACCGCCAGCUGGAGUCCCAAGUGAAGAACAUCACCCAGUACGAGAGUAGAAUCCGGGAGUUGAUGUCCAAUCAGGACAAGAUGACGAUGCAGGAGAGGCAGAUUGACAAUCUCCAUAAGCAGAUGCACGGUGAUGCGGACGCCUUGUCUAAGUACAAGAAGCAACUGGCUGAUCAACAGAAGAGUAACUCGCUAUUGGAGCAGGACAUCCGUGACACCAAGGACAAAUAUAAUCAGAUCCUGGAGACGAAACAGUCCCUGGAUCGCGAGAUUAUCUCCUUGCAGAAUCUCCUUGAGGAAGAGAGGAGCGGGCGGGGCAGAAUGGAAGACAUGAAGGCAGAAGUUGAACGUCGUAACACCAACCUGACGGCCGAUGUAUUCCGUCUGAAGGAGGAUGAGAGCCGUGCCAUCGCUGAGCAGCAGCGACAGCAAGAACAGAUCAUCAUAUUAGAACAGACCAAAGCUAGUCUAGAGUUUGAUCUUGAGUCAACCAAGAGUGAACUGAGGGAGAGUGAACACCGUUUGGAGACUGCUACAGCAUCGGCAGAGGCUGGCCGCAUUACAAGGACACAGGAAGAGGCUCAUAUACAGCUUAUUGAAGACUUGAAGAAGCAGUUAGCAGCAGAGAAGGACGGCCGUGUCAAACAGCAAGACAGCUGGCAGCAGGCCAUGAAGGAGAAAUCCAUGAAGGAAAUCGACCUCAAACAGGCCUUACAGCAGCUGCAACGAGCAGAAGAACAGAGGAAGGUAGAAAAUGCUAAGAUGGAACAGCUGAAUCUUCAGCUGGAGCAGGAGGUACAGAGGAAGUCUUUCAUCAACUCAGAUCUCAAGAGUGCCAAUCAACACAUCAACAAUCUCAAGGCGGAGGAGAAGCGUCUCCGAGCUGAGAUUGAGGAGCUCAAGAACACCAUCGGCAAACAAAAAGACGCUCACAAGAAGUACAAACAGAAUGCUGCCCUCACCAAUCUACAGAUUAAGGAGUUACAGGAGAAUCUGGAGUCAGAGCAGCAGUUCACUGUGUUAUUUAAGAACAACAAUGUUGUCUUGAAGGAUAGGAUGGAGGAGGUGGAGCGGGUACUUGAGAUGAGAAAACAGAGUAUCAUCUCACUAGAAUCUGAAAGGGAUUCUUUAUCAACACACCUUGAGAUUGCUCUAACCAAGGCGGAUUCUGAGCAACUUGCAAGAUCUAUUGCAGAGGAGCAGUGCGCUGAUCUGGAGAAGGAGAAGACAAUGAGAGAACUGGAGAUCAAAGAAAACCUCCAGAGAUAUAAAAAAGACAUCAACGAGAAGAAUAAUCUCAUUUCACAGUUGGAGGAGAAACAAAAAGAACUGGAUGAAUCUAACAACCAGAUCAACAACAGACUGAAGAUGUCCAUGACUGAGAAAGACGAAGUGAAUACUCGACUACAGAACGCCAUGACAGAACUUGAGCAUCUUCAGACGGAUAACGCAAACAUUGCCUCGAUGAAGGAGACUCACAAGAAACAACUAGACACUGAGAAACUCAAAACACAAGCGGCCGUCAACAAGCUCGCUGAAGUGAUGAACCGAAAAAUAACGACGAACACGAAGGGCAACAAGUCGAGCUCGUCGGACUUGAAGAAGAAGGAGAAAGAGUGCCGUAAACUAGAGCAACAGCUCAACCAGGAGAGAGCUAAGCACAACCAACUUGCCUCUAAGCAGAUGAGAGAUUAUUCCGACCUCCAGAUGGUAUAUAACGAAGAAUACCAGAAGAGAUGCCAGCUACAGAUGGAGCUUGACAGCCGUGACUCGGAGCUGGAGCAGCAGCAGCACCGUCUGAAGGCGAUCCAGCAGCAGAACCUGGACAAUAUGAGCAUCAGUAGCGCCGGCGACGCAGAGAGUGAGGAUGGUGGACACCUUGAAGGCUGGCUUCAAGUCCCUACUAAGAACAUCAAACGGAACGGAUGGAGGAAGAAAUAUGUGGAGGUCAGCUCCAAGAAGGUUCUCUUCUACGAGUCGGAAGAAGAGAAGAGCAUCAAGAAACCGUAUCUCGUCCUAGAUAUCGAUAAACUUUAUCAUGUGCGAGCUGUAACACAAGGAGAUGUAAUCAGAGCGGAUGCCAAAGAUAUUCCACGCAUAUUCCAAGUAUUAUAUGCUGGGGAAGGAGAGAGCAAACUGGAAAACCUACCUGUAGAAACCAAUAAUGAGGCCAAGAGCAAUAUUAUCAAGCACAAGAAUCACGAGUUUGUUGUUGCCUACUUCCACAUUCCCACCACGUGUGAAUGUUGCGGUAAAGCAUUAAGCAGCGUAAUCAAGCCAUCACCAGCAUUGGAAUGCCAGUUGUGCCGUUAUAAAGUACACAAAGAGCAUCAUGAUAAGAUGGAAGAGUUUUGCCCACCGUGUAAAGUGAACAUUGAUAUGGACAUGGCUAAGCAUAUGCUGCUGAUGACAACCUCACAGGAUGAACAGCAGAAAUGGAUCAGCCGCCUUGCUAAGCAGAUUGCAAGCCAGCGGACGGCUACACUCCCUCGUACAGGCUCCACCAGCUCACCAAGGCCGGGUAGAUACUCCACAACAAGCCUUAUUCGAACAAACUUUGUUCAGCAGUCGAUGCGUCGGAACAGCAACCCGGUCCGACAAUCCUCAGUGGGCUCCAACUCAAAGAGGUAGUCUCCAUCCCAUCACUCUGCCCCCUCCCAUCCAGCACCAUAAAUGCUUCAAAUUAAAAACAAAAUCAGCACAAGUUUUUCUACGUUCAAAUUUGAUAAAAAUUUGUUACAAAUGUUAACUCAGUAUAUAUUUUGAAGUUUUCAGUGAGUUUUUCUAUGUUUGAAUACUCUAAAAUAGAAUAAUAAUAAAGAAAGUAAUUGUGUUUAAAAUGUUAUCCACAGAGCAUUAACUGUGCAGCAGGUGCUGCUACCAGUAUAACAUUUUUUAACUUGUAAAACUUGCAAAUAAGUAAAAACAAAAUAUUUACAUAUUUAAGGUGUGUGUAUUGGAAAAUAUCAAGAUUUAUUAUUGCUAACAAAAACAUUACAGAAAUGCUAUCUUGACAAAUUUGAUAAAGUAAGCCGAAGUCGAACAAGACGCUGAUCUGUUGUUACCACAAGGUACAACACAGUUAGACUUGUUUUAUAUUUUGUUCCAUGCAUGGAAACUCAAGGAUAUUUAAGCUGACGUUUAUUACUUUCUCCAUAUUUGUACAUUCUGCUUUUCUUUAACUUUGCAAUUUGAACAGGUUGAAUGUAGUUGCUGAAGUGUACAAUUUAUUGGCUCCUUAAAAAUAGUGUAUUGCUGGCCAAUUUAUAUAUUUAUAAUAUAAAUAUAAAUCUGCAAUCAGUAGCAAAGACAUGCUGAGGGAAAACAACACAGAACUGGUGUUUUUUCCCCCUCCUGUUACCAAAGUCAUAACUUGUGAUCUCAGAGGAUUUACUUGAAUCAAAUUUGUAUCAAGUUUCCUGAUUGGCAUUGUCUACAUAUGUAAUAGGGUAAGACAGAAGAAUAAGCGUCAUGAAAGUGAAAUUGAAAAUUACUUUUUGUGCGGAGGCUUUGAAGGGCGCCCUCUUGUGACUCGUCUUGUGUGAUCACAGCCUUUGUACAAUAAGAGUGAGAGAGUUGGUGCAACCUGGGGUUGGAAAUCGGGGCCCAAGCUUAAGAUUUUUCACUAUACCAGAGUGAAAAGAAAAAACUCCAAAGAAAACAAGCAUUAAGUUUUCCACGCUCUUCACUUUUUGCGGAGGAGAAGUCUCAGUUCAGAAACCGCCCUCGUUUGAUCAGUGCUCUUUUGUGAGACCCCAAUGGUUUUUGUGUUGCAUUUGGGGGCGGGGGUAAAGCAUUUAGCGAUUUGUCCUGGAAGGAAAGGAUACACAGUUUAUGUGUACAUACAUUGUAUCAUAGUAUUAUAGUCAGUACUCUGCCAAGUGUUUUUUGAACACUUGGAUUAUUUGAUUUAUUAAUGAAGACAUAUUUUGUACUCCGGAACUGUUGACUAAUAUUAAUGUAUAUACUCCAAAUCAAUGAUAACUUUCAAAUAAUUGAUGUGAUAAUCUUGUAAGAUAGAUUUCAGUGUUUAACCAUGGAGUAGCCAUCUUGGGUUUAUCAAGUCAAUCUGGGUGAUUUAGAGGCUCAUAGCAAAUUAAACGGGUGCCUUGCGUCUCCAUGAGUUUUUAGCAUGUUAUUUCUCAUUGAAGGAUAUGGGGAUAUAGACAAAAUGGAGGCUCCAUGGUAAAGGUCUAGUUAAAGGGGUUUAUUGUGUACAUGUACUCUUGCAGAGCUUUGGAAAUGAUUGGACAUUUAGAGGUUUGCAUCUAGAGUUUCCCCAUACCUGUAGCUCUUGUAUUCACUUGUUCACUUCACCCCGCUGAGUUUUAUGUGAGUUUUACUUCUUUUGUGGUAAUGUGUUUAUUUCACUCCAAUAUGACAGGAAAGGGCUAUUGGUGGCCUUGGAAAAACUCCUGCUGCCGAGACGCUUACCCUCUUUGAAUAAAGAUAAUGUACAACACUGGUAAUGUCGGCACUACUGUUGUACGAUUAAUUUCUUUGAGUCAAGAUAAGGUAUAGGCAUUUGGCAUGUUUGCAUAUUUGUGCAAGGGGUAUGCGUAUUGCCUUUGAAUCAGUUUAAUACAAUGUACAGGGGUCGAUUUCACAAAGAGUUAGGACUCGUCUUAUCUCGAGUUAACUCGUCCUACAUGUAACUUAGGAUU